UGGUCCAGCCGACUGCUGUCUAGUGGCAGUGGCAGUGGCAGUGGCAGCUCUGCGCCCAGCUCCGCAUCAGUGAACAGCAAUAACAAUGCGGUGAAUCGCACCAGAACACGGCCGCGACCACCGAACGACUAUCUCGAUCCGCCGACACUGAACCCGGAACGACUUGCUGCAAGUCCGACCCCGACCAAGCCACGUGCGAAUGGCACACGACAGCAUGCGCAUAGCCGCUCGAUCAGUCAUCCACUGCCCAAGAUCUUCGGGCGCAAGAAGAGCACAAAUUUCAACGAUGCAGAUGUUGCUUGGGACGAUGGGCUGGUGCCAGUGCUGGACGAUGGACCAGCGCAGAGUGCGCCGACGAGCCUGCUUUCGGGCAGAAAGGGAAAGCAAGAUGACGACAGCAAGGCAGCGAGGAGAUGCAUGUGCUGUGACAACAAGGUCAAUGUGCCAAGAGACCUGAGCACAUUUAGGUGUAUAGCAUGCUUGACCGUCAAUGACCUCAAGCCAGUCGAAGAGCACGAGCAGGGGGGCAAGGAUAGGCCGCAGGUGAAGAGGGCCGACACAUAUCCAGGACAUGCCCACCAUGCCGGCAAGCUGCCUAUAUCCGUCGAGCGAACGCGUGCCAUCAUCGACAAAUGCAUCGUCACCUAUCUGGAGUCAAGAUGUCGAAAGCCUGACGAGCCUGCAUCACGGACCCCCCCUACGCCUCAGGAGGAUGUCUUCGGUCCUGAUCAGUUGCCAGCGGCGAUGGGUGCCAUCGACCUCGAAACAGCACCUGCAGCGAAAGAGCCGACAGAAGACGCCAUCUCGACUUCUCGGCCGGAUGCGCCCAAGGCAGGGGCCGCUACACUUGCGCCGAGUGCAGCUAUACGCGAGCACACAGACUUCAGCCCAUUCAGCGGCACUCGCCUUGACACUCCGCUCGUCACUGGCACCUUAGCAGGAGAUGAGCCUAUCCCUCCACCUUCUGUCUCUCGAAAGCCACGCCGUCGCUACGACCGUGUUAAGACCAUCUUCAGGCCACUCGAAGACUACAUGUCUGCAAAUUAUGGCAACUUUCAGUGUCUGAACUCGUCAUUCAGCACAGUGAGGCCUGCCAUGAAGGUGCGAGCGCGUAGUGCUGGCGACAUUGCGACGCCUCCACCUGAACCCGCUGCGGACGUGAAGCCGAGUCCUGUGGAUGGCCUAUCUGAGUUGGAUGCAAAGACCCUUCUGCUUGGUGACAUCGUUGAGAACGGGACCUGGUGGACUGGCAAAUUGGAUCGGCCUGACAAAGCUAUUCGUCGCAAAAAGGUCGGCGAAGGGCCACGGCGUGCGGUCGCAUCAAAAUCCCCAAACAUCAAUUGGCGCGAAGUGAACUCCUGGUAUGAGCUAAUUCACAGCGCCGGAGAAGACUGGACGUCGAAGAUUGAGUCAAUGAAACCUGACGAAGCUGGCUUUGUCAAAGAUGACAUCCUAGGUGAUGCCAAUGCUGACAUGAUUGACGACGAUAUUGCUGAAGCUAGAGAGCACGCCAUCCGGGCGCUACUGAAGAUUACUGAGAAUCUAUUGAAACGACCCACCAGACCAUUGAAGGAACCAGAUGACUUGCGAUGGCUUCUGAUCAUACUCAUGAACCCAUCUUUGUACCCAUCGACGAAACCGAAAAGGACGAAAUCCGGCAGGAACACAAUUCCCGGGCAAUUUACCGCGGGACAGCAAAAUGGGAGCGUGCAGGCCAGCCCUAAACCUACAACCGGGAAGUCACCUGGCCAUGUUGGAAGUCAGCACAAUGGCCUUCUAAAGCGAAUAUUUGGUCUCCUUUCCGGCACUCCAGAAAACUGUCACUGGUAUCUUGCGGGCUGGUUCUCGCGAUACGAUGAAGAUCACUUUGUGAAGACUGUCGAUCUUGUUGCCAGCUUCGUCACUCAUCGUAUCGACCGCCGAAACGGUAAGCCUCGUAGAAUGAGUGCUGUCGUUGACGGCGGCUUGAUUCCGGAUCUCACAGGUGGUGCAAUGAACACCUCUGCUCAACUGCACGCUGCCAUGGGCUUGAGCGGAUCGGUCAAGAAAAGCAAAGAUGACACGAGCGGAGAGCCUGAAUGGACGGACGACUGGCAGACCAAGGUCGCGGCCAGCGUCAUGUCGAUGUUGUUCACUGCCAACAACAUCUGGCAGGGAAAGCGUCGUCAAACCGACGAGACUCGAGUCGACUCACUUGUAGCUGGUAGCAGUGUCUCACCUUUUGCCAAGGCCAGGAGAAGCGGCCAACUCUUGCACACUUCGAGUUUCUACAACACUCUACUGGACUACCACGAUAUGAUCGCGGACUUUCGGGUUUGGGAAACUCGACGAGAGAAGUUCGCUUUCUGCAAGUAUCCUAUUUUCAUCUCCAUAGGCACCAAGAUCAAGAUUCUGGAGCACGACGCAAGACGACAAAUGGAAGUCAAAGCCCGCGAGGCGUAUUUUGACCAGGUUCUCCACAAUCGAACGAUCGAUGGCCACUUUCACCUCCGUGUCCGCCGUGAAUGUAUGGUUGAUGACAGUCUUCGCCAGAUCAGUGAAGCUGUCGGGUCAGGACAGGAGGAGUUGAAGAAAGGGCUGCGUGUGCAUUUCACCGACGAGGAGGGUGUCGAUGCUGGCGGGCCGAGGAAAGAGUGGUUCCUCAUGCUCGUGCGCGACAUUUUCGAUCCAAACCAUGGCAUGUUCGUGUACGACGAUGAAUCGAACACCUGCUACUUCAAUCCAAACUCUUUCGAGACUUCGGACCAAUACUUCCUCGUCGGUGCCCUCCUCGGUCUGGCAAUCUACAACAGCACGAUCUUGGAUGUCGCGCUGCCUCCAUUUGCCUUCCGAAAACUGCUCGCUGCUGCCCCGUCGUCCGUCACGUCUGCUGCCAACACCAAUGUAUCAUCUUUAACAGGCACCAAAGGUCAGAUGACAUAUACGCUCAACGAUCUUGCAGAGUUUCGUCCUUCGCUGGCAGCCGGUCUGCAAAAGCUGCUCGACUUCGAUGGCGAUGUGGAAGCAACAUACUGUCGCGACUUUGUUGCUUCGGUUGAGCGAUAUGGUGUCACCACCGAUGUACCUCUGAAAGCGAACGGCACCAAUAUACCAGUCACAAACGCGAACCGGCACGAAUUCGUCGAUGCGUACGUGCGAUACAUGCUCGACACUGCAGUGGUGCGACAAUUCGAGCCUUUCAAGCGCGGUUUCUUUCAAGUCUGCCAGGGCAACGCAUUGUCGCUGUUUCGAGCCGAAGAAAUCGAACUGCUCAUCCGCGGCUCUGACGAAAGUCUGGACGUAGACUCUCUCCGAGCUGUUGCGCAAUACGAGAAUUGGCGCCAUUUCCAGCCUCCUCACCAGGCCAUUCAAAAGCCUGCGGAAUCUGUACCUGUCAUCACUUGGUUUUGGGAGCUUUUCGCCGAAGCCUCUCCUGAGAAGCAAAGGAAGCUACUAACCUUCAUCACCGGCACUGAUCGCAUCCCUGCCGUUGGCGCAACAAGUCUAAUUUUGAGAAUCCAAGCUGGCGGCGAUGGAUGGGGCGGUGGUGGCCUGGACGAAAGAAGCAGAUUUCCAGUUGCGAGAACUUGUUUCAACAUGUUGGUACUCUGGCGGUAUGAUUAUCGUGAGCAGCUUGAGGAGAAGCUCUGGAGAGCUGUUUAUGAGAGUGAAGGCUUUGGACUGAAGUAA